UCAGACAACAUCACCGACAGCUCGAGCUGCGUGUGUGUGAGAGGUUGUGUGUGUAUGUAUGGGAGAGAGAGAGAGAGAGCGCAACAGAGAGCAAGAGCAGGGAAGGGGGAGGCUCCAUAUUCUUUCACCCCCCUCCUCGUCAAACCACAGGAAGGAGGGGCCAGAACGUAAGCUGCCAAUCAAAUCCGCUCGUGGCAGCCGGCAUUAUCUCAGCAACAAACUAUUGACAGAUUACAUGUCAAGGAGUUUAGUGCUUGAUUGAAGGAACCCUUCUUUUUUUUCAUCUAGUUACUUUUUCGCUUUAUUUCCCCCCUCCGCCAGCAGCCACCUGAAUGACUUUCUAACAAGAGUUUGAGUAAUAUUAUGAAAGUUACAUGUCUGAGAGGAUUUAACUUCGACUUCCCUGAAUAUGAUGUAAGACGCUCUCUAAUAUUACUGCUGGAACACAUUCCCGCCCCUCCAAUCGCAGGCAGUAGCUGGCAGCCCCUGUGACUUUGUGAAAUGAACAAAGCUGAGAGGAGUUUAUGCACUGACACGACCUCAGGAAAACCCAAGAUGGCCGCCAAAAGGAAAGGUGGCCUAAAACUCAACGCUAUCUGUGCCAAGCUCAGCCGCCAAGUGGUGUACGACAGCAGCUCCCAAAACGCAGAGGGAGAUCAAAGCGUAGCAGAGAACAGCGAGCGCGGCAGUUCCUACUACGACGACAACGAGACCAACUUCCCAGAAAGCCUGAGCCUCAGCCAGAGCCUCGAAGAGGACCAGAAGAGACGCGAGGCCAUCGAAAAAUGGGUCAACGGCGAGUACGGGGACGAGCCGCCUGCUCCCGACGAGGAGCAGGAACACGAACUCAGAGUCAGCAAUGACGAAGACGGUCCUCCCGAGGGCGUCUACAUGGUCCAGCCUAAGGGCUGCAGUGACGAAGAGGACAAUGGCGAGGAGGCCGAGGCCACGGCGGGCUCUCAGGAUGGUAGUUACCAUGACGACAAAGAAACUGAAGAGAGACCUCCAAAGGACAACAGCUACAUGCCUCCAAGCGAGGGCCAGAGUCGCCAAGCAAGUUUCUCCUCUCCAGGAGAAGCUUCAGCCCUACGGGACUAUGCUGUCAACACCAUGAAUAAGUUUCUUGGGAUGUUUGGUUAUGAUGACCAUCAGGUAAGGGACGAGGUGACCAAGAAGAUCAGCUUUGAUGCUGUCAAAGCUACCUCAGACCCAUCGUCCCUCAGCAAUGUGGAGGACUCGCGCAGCCCUCGUUUCUCCAAGUACGAAGAGUACAUCCGCAAGCUAAAAGCUGGUGAAACCCUCCCUUGGCCCGUGCACGCUUCCCCACCCAAACCAGAUGACCUCAACUCCAAACUGACCCAAGAAAAGAGCGCUUCGAUGCUUCAGAGCUCCGGUGGCCUGCCAGGGGUGGAGGGUCAGAUCUACCACUCCAGCCUAGACCACAAACAGUCGGGAGCAACUCAGUUGGGCAACUCUCAGCCCCCCAAUUCUUCCCACGUACAGAACAUGGCCUCCAGAGCCUCAAAAUACGACUUCUUCAUUCAGAAGCUAAAGAUGGGCGAGAGCUUGCAGCAGCAGAACGGCAAUGCUUACAAGCGACCGUCCAAGUACGACCUGGAGAAUGUCAAGUUUCUACACCUGUUCAAACCGGGCGAGGGCAACCCAGACAUGGGUGGCGCUAUCGCCUUUAAGACUGGUAAAGUUGGUCGUCCUUCCAAAUAUGACAUCCGAACAAUCCAGAAGCUAAUACCAGGAAAUCCAGAAACUUCUUUGAUCCCUAAUGUUCUGGCUACGGCACCAGGAAACCCCGGAGCUGCUGGGGUCCCCGCUGUUGGCACGACCGGGGCCAACAUUGCUCCGGGGCUGACAAUGGACCAGGCAGGACACAUAAGCUUCAACGCAGCUGAUUAUAUGAAGUCCAGUUUUUCCAAGACUGACUCUAUAACCACAGGCACUGUGUCAUCAGUGAAGAAUGGUCUGCCGCCCGAUAAACCCGCCAGUGAUGACGUCAACCUCUACCAGAAAUAUAUCGCCAGGUUCUCUGGAAGCCAGCACUGUGGACACGUGCACUGUGCCUACCAGUACAGAGAGCAUUACCACUGCAUGGACCCUGAGUGUAACUACCAGGUGAGCAGGUUUACCAGUAAGCAGGAUGUAAUCAGGCACUACAACAUGCACAAGAAGCGGGAUAACUCCCUGCAGCAUGGCUUCAUGCGCUUCAGCCCCCUGGACGACUGCAGCGUCUACUACCAUGGCUGCCACCUCAACGGAAAAAGCACCCAUUACCACUGCAUGCAGGUGGGGUGCAGCAAGGUGUACACCAGCACCUCAGAUGUCAUGACCCACGAAAACUUCCACAAGAAGAACGCCCAGCUGAUCAACGACGGCUUCCAGAGGUUCCGCGCCACCGAGGACUGCGGCACUGUCGGCUGUCAGUUCUACGGCCAGAAGACCACGCACUUCCACUGCAGGCGUCCGGGAUGCACGUUCACUUUCAAGAACAAGUGCGACAUUGAGAAGCACAAGAGCUACCACAUCAAGGACGACGCGUACGCCAAGGACGGCUUCAAGAAGUUCUACAAGUACGAGGAAUGCAAGUACGAGGGCUGCGUGUACAGCAAAGCAACCAACCACUUCCACUGCAUCCGCUCCGGCUGCGGCUUCACCUUCACCUCCACCAGCCAGAUGACCUCCCACAAGCGCAAGCACGAGAGGCGGCACAUCCGCUCCUCCGGCGUCAUGGGCCUCUCCUCCACCUUCCUGGCCCCGAAGGAUGAGCCGGAAGAAUCCAGCAACGACGACCUGAUGGACUUCUCGGCCAUCAGCAGCAAGAACUCCAGCCUGAGUGCCUCGCCCACCACCCAACAGUCCGCCACCGCGCCGCACUUGUUGAGCACGCCCACCACCGCCACUGCCUCCUCGAUGUCGGGCCACAACCUCAAGCCCACCCAGUCGCUGCCCGGCGCGGGCCAGCGCAUGUCAAGCCUGCUGACUCAAAAUCUGCCCAGCAACAUGCCGGUAGCGCUCGCUCUUUCAAACAGCGCCCUGGCCUCCUCCAACCCAUUCUUCCCGCUUCUGCCGAGGCUGCCUCUGCAGCCUCCCCCGACGGCCGCUGGCCUGAUAACGGCCGCGUCUUCUGGAGCCCACUCCAUGCCGACCGACUCUCUGACCCAGGGCGGCUCCUCCUUGGGGGGAGAUGCAGCCAUGGCACCCACUCCAACGUCCUUUGCCAGCUCUUCCAUUAUGGAGAAGAUCUCUGCAAGCAAGGGUCUGAUAUCACCCAUGAUGGCCAGAUUGGCAGCAGCUGCCUUGAAACCAUUAAACAACACAGACACAGGGAAUGGGCAGCCAGGCUCCGCCAGCCAGUUUAAUCUGGUUCAAGUGAAGCAGGAGCCUGUGGACGGUAACGCCGGCGCUCCACAAGAUUCCCAACAGGAGCACAGCCUGGACCUGAGCAAGAAAGACCACAGUAAUGAAUCAAAUGGACACCCUGUACCGGGGAAUACAUCUCUUUUAUCCUCGCUUAUGAAUAAGAUGUCCCAGGUGAACCCUGCCCUCUUCAAUGCCAUGAACCUGAAAACCGAGCUGGAGGGAGGCCAGGUCCACGACACCUCUGAGGCAGCUCAGUACCUGCACAGAGUGCUGAAGAGGCCAGAAAACACCACUGAGAUCUGGAAGACAUACCUCCGCAGGUUUGACACAGAUGACUUCUGUGAGGCACAGUGUGACUUUCUCCAUAAGGUGCACUUUCACUGCCUGGUAGAGGACUGUGGGGCCCUCUUCAGCACUGUGGACGGGGCCAUAAAACAUGCUAACUUCCACCUUCGAGCCACCUUGAAAGUAAAACCGGAGUCUCCGUUCAGUGACGGUAAAGAACCCGGCGAAGCAGCUCCGCCGCAACCCGUCGCCCCCGUGUCUAUAGCCAGCAAUCCCUCCUUGGACGUGGCAAACCUCACGUCCUCUGGUGGCUACAGCUCUCCUCCUCCAUCACUGCUGGCCUGGAAGCAGCUGACCGGCAGCAUCCCUCAGAUGCCGGCCUCGAUGCCCAACCUCCCCGCAAACUCGCCUCUGGUCACCACCUCCCUGGAGAACGCCAAGCCACAAGUCAAACCUGGUUUUCUGCAAUUUCAGGAAAAUGAUCCCUGUUUGGCUACUGACUGCAAAUACUCAAACAAGUUCCACUUUCACUGCUUGUUUGGGAACUGUAAAUAUGUGUGCAAGACCUCCGGAAAGGCGGAGUCCCACUGUCUGGACCACAUCAACCCAAACAACAACCUGGUCAAUGUCCGCGAUCAGUUCUCCUACUAUUCCCUGCAGUGUCUCUGUCCCAACCAGCACUGCGAGUUCAGGAUGAGGGGCCACUAUCACUGUCUGAGACCAGGAUGCUUCUUCGUCACCAACAUCACCACCAAGCUACCAUGGCACAUCAAGAAGCACGAGAAGGCAGAGCGCCGCGCCGCCAACGGCUUCAAGUACUUCACUAAAAGGGAGGAGUGUGGGAGGCUGGGUUGCAAAUACAACCAGGUCAACAGCCAUUUCCACUGCAUCCGAGAGGGUUGCCAGUUCUCCUUCUUGCUCAAGCACCAGAUGACCUCACACGCACGCAAACACAUGAGAAGGAUGCUGGGAAAGAACUUCGAUAGAGUCCCUUCCCAGGUGAUGUCGCUCGGCCACAGGGCGGACGAGAUGCAACACGCUUCUGGCUUGAUGUCUGGGCCCAUGGCGUCUCAGGCGGGCGUCACCUCCAGCUUCUCCUCCGCCAUCAUGGAUGACACCGAUGACUACCUGGAGUACAUGGGAGGAGGAGGCGGAGGAGCAGGCAGCCCCUUGGGCCUCUCCUCCGAGUCCUCCAACCAGGACCGGAGCUGCACCAGCACACCUGUGGGCAACGACAGCUCUCCAGCAGGACAAGGCUACCCCAACACCUCUUCUGCUCCCACCACCCCAGCUGACACUAGUGCCACCCAAAAUGCGCCUCCUUCCUCCCCUCCUCCACCGCCUCCUCCUCCUCCUCCUCUGCCACCUCUUCCUCUCUCCACUCCUCAGCCUGGCCUCCAGUCCCAGGCCCCGUCUCUCCCUCCCGCUCUUCUCCGACCUCCUCUGCCCUCGCUCCCAUACCUCCUCUCUCCAUCCUGUCUGUCAUACUCUCUGCUCAGCGCCUCUCUGGGAGCCACUCGGAGUGUUGUCAUGCCAACCAACACACCAGCUUUCAGCCCCAUCAUUGCCACUCCGUCUCCGGUUAAAAAUGACGUCCCUAUAGUACAAGAUGCUGCAGGCAACACCAUCUCCAUUCCCACGGCCACCGGCGCCAAGAAGCGCUUCUGGAUCAUUGAGGACAUGUCUCCGUUCGGCAAACGCCGCAAGACCCCAUCGUCUCGGAAGAUGCUGGACGAGGGGAUGAUGCUGGAGGGCUUCCGGCGCUACGACCUGUACGAGAACUGCAAGGACUCGAGCUGCCAGUUUUCCCUGAAGGUGACCCACUACCAUUGCACGCGCGAGAACUGCGGCUACAAGUUCUGUGGCCGCACCCACAUGUACAAGCACGCGCAGCACCAUGACCGCGUGGACAACCUGGUGCUGGACGACUUCAAGCGCUUCAAGUCCUCGCUCAGCUGCAACUUCCCCGACUGCCAGUUCUCGGGCAACAGCACCCACUUCCACUGCCUGCGCUGCGGCUUCCGCUGCACCGACAGCACCAAGGUGACGGCCCACCGCAAGCACCACGGCAAGCAAGACGUGAUCAGCGCCGCCGGCUUCUGCCAGUUCAGCUCCAGCGCCGACUGUGAAGUUCCCGAGUGCAAAUAUAAGCUCAAGUGCUCGCACUUCCACUGCACCUUCCCCGAGUGCAAGCACACAGUGGUGGGAAUGUCCCAGAUGGAUUCCCACAAGAGGAAGCACGAGAAGCAGGAGCGGGGCGAGCUGCCGUCCGUGUCGCCCAAGCAGGAGGGGAUGCACCACCUUGUCGGGAGCAUGGCACCGGUCGCUCCCACCUCCCUGGGCGUGUCCACGUCCUCUCCCGGCGGCCUCCACGGCUUGUCCCACAGCAUCAACAGCAGCAUCCCCUCCAUGAUCUACCAGCCGGGGGGCCUCGCCUCCGACUACAACCACUCUUACCCACCGUCCUCCAUCAGCCUAGACAGCUCCCUCAACCUGAGCACCAACACCAGCAGCUCCCUUUUUUUCCUGAAGAACGCCGCCGGUCUGGGCCUCAGCGACUCGCUAGAUCUCAGCAAGAAGUUGCACCUCGACGCGGCGCGGCCGGCGCACAACGCCAAGUCCCAACUGGACGACACGGGGACGUCCGGAGAAGCCGAGGAUGACCUGUCUCCGGAUGAGGAGGUGCACGCUGAGGAGGAGGACGAGGACGAGGAAGAGGAGGAGGAGGAAGAAGAAGAGGAUGACCUCAACACUGACUCGAACGACGACUCAGCGCAGGAGCCUGAUGGCGACAAGGACAACGGCGAGGGCUUCGGUGCUUCCGUAAACCACACUGAUACUUCCCAGUUGGAAAAGCAAGAUGCUGACCCAUAAAACAAUCAACCCCAGAGGGGACUGUAGGAACUGCAGAAACAUUCUGUGUACCACCAAUAAACAGAAAGUGGCCUCAUUCAUCACGCUCAAAAAACAACAGCAGCAGCAGCGGUGCUGGUGUGACGGAAAACGACGGGCCCACCGAAACGAUUCAUUGAGAUGUUUACAAAACGACCAACAUUAUGAAUUCAAUUAUGCAUUAAAGAAAAAAAACGAGACAGAGACACACAGAUUUUGGGCAGCCGUGUAAAGCAUUUUACUACACAUCAGUCUUUUUUGUGUGCGUGCAUGUUUGACUUUAAUUUAUUUUUAUUUCUUUCACAUUUUUUGUGUGUGAAAAAAAAAAAAACACUUUAGAAAAACAAAAACAAAUCUCUCUAUAUAACUAUAUAUGUAGGUGUGUGCGUGCGUGUGCGUGUACGAAUGAUGAUUAUUGAGAAAAAGGAAAAUUUCUGGCGACACGAACUGCAAAGAAAAAGGGAUGUGAAUCACUAAGAGGAGCAGAAUGUGUUUCAUAAUUUGAUCUUUAGUUCUGUAUUAUUAUUAUCAUUAUUGUUAUUAUUAAUUAUUGUUAUUAGACACUGAGAGAAAGGAGCUACUUGUUCCCUUCUCUUUGGUAUACUUUGUUCUCACAUGGGAUUGACCGACAGUCGGGUCAAUCUCAGCCUCAACAGUUCUCCCUCCCUGAAAUCUGCUAAAUAAAUGCCCAGUGCUAGCAUACUUUCUAACCCGGCCCACCACCCCCAGUGGAGGAAUCAAGUUUGUGUGUGAAUAGUGCACUUUUACAUUAGCUGACCACGAAGAAAACGGUGAUGAGAGAUAACUCAUGAGUAUCUUUAACAAUGUUUUUGUUAACAUUUGCAUCUUUUGCAUCAAAACAUGUGUUUUUUUUUUUUUUUGUUUGUUUUUUUUGAGAUCAUAUUGACGUUCGAGUGAGGCAGGGGAGGGUCGUGAUGUUCAGUUUUGGGGGGAAGGGGUCGGAUGCAGCCACAGAGGAAGCAUCAGGGAAGUGUGUUAUAUGUUGAAAAUGUACAGACCGAAAAAAAAAAUGUCCAGAUGGCUUUUUUUCUUUUUUUUUUUUUUCCAUUCACUAUGGCUGUGGUUGACCUCCUGUUGUAAUGCUUUUUAUUUAAUAUUUAUGUGUUCUUCCAAAUGAGAAAAAAUUUUUUUAGGGUGUUAUUGCACUUUUUAGGUUCAUUUUUACCGUCACAAACAGGAAAAAAAAAAGAAAGAAAUUAAGAA